CACACGUGUGAGGGAAAAACUGUAAAGAAGCUCCACAGGACUUGUGUAGAACCGGUUCCGACACAGUACCGGUCUACAUUCUGUUCACAGCCCAGUGUUCCGGUACCGCAGCGUCGUCCGCCAUGUUGGAAGAACUGGGUCUGAUCGGGACGAUCCGGGACGAGGACCAGAGUCCGGAGGAACCGGACAGCGAGUCCGACCAGGAGGAGGAGCGGAUCAUCCUGAACAGGAAGAAGAAGCUCAAGAAUUUCGGGUCGAAAGAUUUUAACACAGACUUUCAGUUUGGAGAGAGGGACAGCCUGAACCAUGAUGACGACUGGGUUAUGGCCGAUGUCAUGAAACAGCUCAAGAAGAAGAGAUCUGUGACGACUCUGGACCAGAAAAUAGAGAAAAUAAGGAAGAAAAGGAAAGCUGAGGAGAAAUCAGCUCAGAGCGGCGCUGCUGAAGAUACUACAGGGAAGAACGAGGAGGAGGAGGAAGAAGAUGAUGAAGAGCAGGAUGUAAAGCCUGCUGCAGGAGAAGCUGAUGAAGGUGAUGACGAUGAUGAGGAGGAGGACGACGACGAGGACGAUGAAGAUGAGUUUGACUCGAGUGACGAGGAGAUUCUUACCAAAUCAGACACCCUGAGAGAGAAAGAACGACGUGGAAAGAAAAGGAAGGCGGGAGAAGAGGCUCCAGAGGCAUUCUAUGAAGAUGCGUCUCAGUACGAUGAUCAGCUGACCUUUGAUGACAUGAACCUGUCCAGACCCAUUCUGAAGGCCAUCACAGCUGUGGGCUUCAAGCAGCCAACACCCAUCCAGAAGGCCUGUGUUCCUGUUGGCCUGCUGGGCAGAGACCUCUGCGCCUGCGCUGCUACUGGGACAGGGAAGACAGCAGCCUUCAUGCUGCCGGUGUUGGAGCGUUUAGUUUAUAAGCCCAGGACUUCCCAGGUGACCCGGGUCUUGGUUCUAGUUCCAACCAGAGAGUUGGGGAUCCAGGUUCACUCUGUGGCCCGUCAACUCGCCCAGUUCACCUCCAUCACCACCUGCCUGGCUGUCGGUGGGUUGGACCUGAAGUCUCAGGAGGUGGCUUUGAGGGCGGGGCCAGACGUCCUGAUCGCUACACCUGGUCGUCUGAUUGAUCACCUUCACAACACACCGAGCUUCGAGCUCACUCAGAUUGAGAUCCUGAUCCUGGACGAGGCCGACAGGAUGUUGGACGAGUAUUUUGAGGAGCAGAUGAAGGAGAUCAUCAGGUUGUGUUCCUACAACAGACAGACCAUGUUGUUCUCCGCCACCAUGACAAACGAGGUGAAGGACCUGGCAGCCGUUUCGUUGAAGCAGCCAAUCAGGAUCUUUGUUAACAGCAACACUGACGUGGCUCCGUUCCUGCGACAAGAGUUUGUCAGAAUCCGACCGAACAGAGAGGGAGACAGGGAGGCUGUGGUGGCUGCUCUGCUGACUCGAACGUUCCAGGAUCACGUGAUGUGUUUCACUCAGACGAGGAAACAGGCUCACCGACUGCACAUCCUGCUGGGCCUGAUGGGACUGAAGGUCGGAGAACUGCACGGAGAACUGAGCCAGAGCCAGAGACUGGAGAACCUCAGGCGUUUUAAAGAUGAACAGAUUGAUAUCUUGGUGGCGACAGAUGUAGCAGCCAGAGGUCUGGACAUCGAUGGAGUCAAAACGGUCAUAAACUUCACCAUGCCGUCCACAGUCAAACACUACGUCCACCGAGUCGGCCGCACAGCGAGAGCCGGUCGUUCCGGACGUUCAGUGUCUCUGGUCGGAGAGUCUGAGAGGAAGACGCUGAAGGAGGUGGUGAAGUCUGCCAAGAACAGUGUGAAGGCUCGAGUCCUGCCGCCAGAUGUCAUCCUGAAGUUCAGAGAUCUGAUUUCCAAACUGGAGAAGGAUGUUUACGCUGUGGUGAAGCUGGAGAGAGAGGAAAGAGAGCUGGCUGCGUCUGAGGCCAAGUUGAGCGUGGCUCAGAAGCGUCUCGAUAGCUCCGCUGCUUCAAGUGAAACACAGAGAGUUUGGUUUCAAACUCAACAAGAGAGGAAACAGAGUCGUAUGUCAAAGGCUCUGCAGGAGUUCGAUCUCGCUCUCAGAGGCAAGAAGAAGAGAGAAAAGUUCUUGAAGGAUGGCAAGAAGAAGAAGGAGCUGACGUCUGAGGAGCGCUCUCAGUUUGAGAUCUUGAAGGCUCAGAUGUUUGCUGAACGGGCGGCCAAGAGAGAGAGACGACCAAAGAGAGCGAGAGCAAUGCCCGAGGAAGAGACGCAGACUAAAGCAGCCAAUCAGAAAACAAGAAAAGGAGGCAAGAAAUCAGUGUUUGACAAAGAGCUGACCAACACCAGCAGCAAGGCCCUGAAACACUAUAGAGCAGGGCCAUCCUUUGCUGACAGGAAGCGGCUCGGUUUGGAUAGAAAGCGUCCUGGUGGCUCCAAGUUCAAGAAGAAGAAGUGACAGCCCAAAUGGCCACCUGAAGCAACAGUUCUCUGACAUUUUCAUGUUGUCUCUUUGUUCACUGUGUAAAUGUUUUCCAAUUUUGUUCAUUGAAAAACUUUUAAA